CCGCCGAGCCCGGCUCGUCCCGCCCCCUCCGGCACAGGCGCCGCCAUGGCGGCAGAGCGGGACUGCGAGCGGGAGCUGCGCUUCUACCGACGGCUGCCCAAAGCGGAACUCCAUGCUCAUUUGAAUGGCUGUAUCAGUUCUGCUACUAUGAAGAAACUUAUGGCCCAGAAGCCAAACCUUCAGAUCCAGAAUGGAAUGACUAUGAUUGACAAAGGAAAGAAAAGAACUUUAGAUGAAUGUUUUCAGAUGUUUCAGAUCAUCUAUCAGGUUACCACUAGGACCGAAGAUAUUUUACUGAUAACUAAAGAUGUCAUUAAAGAAUUUGCUGAUGAUGGUGUCAAGUAUCUAGAAUUGAGAAGCACUCCAAGAGAAGAAAAUUCCACAGGUAUGACCAAAAGGAUGUAUGUUGAAACUAUACUUGAAGGUAUAAAGCAGUGUCAAGAAGAGGGCUUAGAUAUAGAUGUAAGGUUGUUAAUAGCAAUAAACAGAAGAAGUGGCCCAGCAGUUGCUAAGCAGACUGUUAAACUUGCUGAAGAGUUCCUGCUUUCCAGUGAUGGGGUUGUAGUAGGACUUGACCUCAGUGGUGAUCCCACUGCUGGACAUGGUCAAGAUUUUUUGGAACCACUCUCAGAAGCAAAAAAUGCAGGUCUAAAGCUGGCACUGCAUCUUUCUGAGGUUCCAAAUCAAGAAGAGGAGACCAAGAUUCUCCUGGGCCUGCCUCCUGACAGAAUUGGACAUGGAACAUUCCUGAACUCUGCAGCACCAGGUUCAGAAGAGAUAGUGUCACUAGUUCAGCAGAAUCAUAUACCUAUUGAAUUUUGCAUGACAUCAAACAUAAAAUCUCAGACAGUGCCUUCCUGUGACAAGCACCAUUUUGGAUACUGGUACAGCAUGGGCCAUCCUGCAGUGCUUUGUACUGAUGAUAAAGGCGUCUUUGCAACUGAUCUAUCACAAGAAUAUGAGCUGGUUGCAAAAACAUUUAAUCUGACUCGAUCACAGAUGUGGGAUCUUUCCUGUGAAUCAAUCAACUAUAUUUUUGCUUCAAGUGCGGUAAAAUCAAAGCUAAGGGAACAAUGGUGUAAGCUGAAGCCAGCUCUGUUUGAUUAAUCAAACUGUUGUCCUAAAUAGCUUGGGUGUAUUAGUUGAGUUAAUAAGCUUUUUUUACUGAAGUCCCCAGCUUUAUUCAGACCUCAGGGUUUAAAACCCAGCCAUAAACUGCCUGUGCAAAAUGAAGACAACUGGAAUGCAUCCCGUUUUAGUGGGGACAGAAGUAAAUGUUCUUUUGUAGUUGGGAAGGGCUCUCAACCAGUGACUAAAAUGCCAAAUGUGUUGUCACCUUGUUUCUCUUGAGCUGAUAUGACAUUUAAAAAAAUACUUAGUUGAAAUACAUCAUCAUAAUAUAAACAUUUGCGAUCUGGAACAAAAUGAAGGCAGAGUUAUUGGUGUUUAAAAUAUCUCUGUUGGCAGCAUUCCGCCAAGCAGUUUGAAUGUGUGGUGUGUGUUUUUAGGUACGCAUUGUUUUCAGGUUUUGAACAGUUGAUUGAAUGUGAAGACAGAAACAAACUUGGGGAGAACGAAAUAUUUGUCCCAAGGAAUUAGGUAUUGUAUGUGGUUUUAUUGCUGUACAUGUAUGACUGAAGGUGCUGUGGAUUGACUAGCAUGUGGGGCUUUCUGCUGCUGCCCUGGGUACUGGUGGUGUGUAGGCAGGUAAGAAUCUUUUAUGCCUUCAGUAACUGAGCUGCUUGGCAAAGUGGUCUCAUUCUUAAAAUGCUUUUUAGAAUUGCUGUUUGUUGUGUUAAAUAAGCAAUAAAAAUAGCCACAAGCUCCAUGUUUUUGAAACCACCA